CUCUCUCUCUGUCUUUCUCCUCACUUUUCCUACCCUUUUACUUCAAUGCUCGGAACCUUCCACUAUAGUCUCUAUGGACCUUAAUCUAUCGGACCUUAACCUGGUUGGUUCUCUACAGAUGUCGGAAUCUUAACCUGGCUGGUUUUCUACGGAUAUCAGAACCUUAACCUACAGAUAUCUGUAGAGUGGUGAAGACUCUGAAGACUCUGAACUUCCAGUGUCACCACUGUUGCCAUGGAGAUGGAAGGGUUGUGGGUUGUAGUGGAGUGUGCCUGUCGGAUCAUGGGCAUCUCUACAGCUGCAGUGCUCUGUGGAGUUGGUGUAGAGACCCUCAGACAGGGAGAGUAUCACAGCCUAGCCGUUUACCUGCUGGUGUGCUCUGGGGGAAUGAUGGCGUUUGAGAUGGCCUUCUUCAUCGACGCCCUACUGGAAGCAUGUCUCCCAUGUCCUCCAGGCUGGAAGGUGUUUGUGUUGUGGAAGAAGAUGGCCCGAGUUGGAGGUUUUCAGAAGUUUCUCUACUACACCAUGAUGUCUGUGGUGUGUUUCCUGCACCCUGUGCUACUCUGGCACGUCAUCAUACCAGGCACCAUGCUGUUGGUCACUGGCUUCCUAAACUUCAUCCUGAGCAAACGAAAGAAAACAGAGCCUCCGAAAUUGGAGUCACGCGAUGCCUACCGUGACCCCUCCCUUGCGGACGUGCAAGUGACUGAAGGAGGUGCCACUGAACACACCUUCUCCUUCUUCCACGUCAUCACCGGGGGGCACCCCUCCUCCCUUGCUUUCCUACCCAGCAAUAGUCGUCUCCAGUCACCCCAUGAUGUCAGCGCAGGUCUCCAGGGAUGUGCACAACCCCCAAGACAGAAAAGGCGUUCGGGGAAGGGGCAGGGCUGUUUUGGGGGACCCUCUGAGAACAGCUCUCAGGAAACUGAGAUGGAGGAGUACCCCUACAUGGACUCAGAGGAGACCACCUCUGACAAAGCGCCCAUGAUUCCCCCAUAGACUCUGGACUAGUUUGUAUUGCCCCUCCACAUACCCCAACUCUAGAUUCUACUGCCCCUCCGCAUACCCUGUCAGUAGAUUCUACAGCCCUUCCACAUACCUCACCUCUAGAUUCUACUGCAUACUUAGAGCAGGGAGAAUAGCACUCUCAUCCAUAGAGCAGGGAGAGUAGCAUACUCAUUCAUAGAGUAGGCAAAAUGGGAAGGUGUAGAUGAAACAUACCCAGAUACACUAUAUUGGCAAAAGUAUUGGGUCACCUGCCUUGACUCACAUAUGAACUUAAGUGACAUCCCAUUCUUAAUCCAUAGGGUUUAAUAUGACGGUCCACCCUUUGCAGCUAUAGCAGCUUCAACUUUUUUGGGAAGGCUUUCUACAAGGUUUAGGAGUGUGUUUAUGGGAAUUUUUGACCAUUCUUCCAGAGGUCACACACUGAUGUUGGACGAGAAGGCCUGGCUCUUGGUCUCCGUUCUAAUUCAUCCCAAUGGUGUUCUAUAGGGUUGAGGUCAGGAUUUUGUGCAGGCCAGUCAUGUUUAUCCACACCAAACUCUGCCUUCCAUGUUUUUAUGGACAUUGCUUUGUGCACUGGUGCACAGUCUUGCUGGAACAGGAAGGGGCCAUCCCCAAACUGUUCCCAAAAAGUUGGGAGCAUGGAAUUGUCCAAGAUCUCUUGGUAUGCUGAAGCAUAUAGAGUUCCUUUCACUGAAACUAACGGGCCAAGCCCAGCUCCUGAAAAACAACCCCGGACCAAACUUUAAACUUGGCACAAUGCAGUCAAGUACGAGAGUUUGGUGUGGAUGAAUUUGAGUAAAGGCAGGUGACCCAAUACUUUUGGCAAUAUAGUGUACAUACUCACUUACAGACAUCAGGAGGGGGUACAUGCAUGCAGUAUAGUCAUGUGCUCACAACAUAAAGGCAGAAGGUAGGCCAUUCUAUACUAUUUUAAGCUCUGGAAUUCCCUUCCCCAUCACAUCCAGCAGUGAAUACAUUCCUGAACUCAAACCUGCUAAAUAUACCCUUCUCUUCAGACUGGCAUAUUCAUUGUGACAUGGUUACUUAUUGAAUUAAUUAGUUGAUACAAUGAGUAUUUUGUAAUUUAGUGUUUCAUGAAUUGUAUUUGUGUUUCUAUUGGAUUUGUAUGUUUGUGACAAAGCCACCUAGGA